AUGUCGGCGACUGUGAAAAAAGCUCGGGUAACUUCAAAAAUCGCGCAAGCUGAGAAUUUCAAUUUGCCAACUUCUUCUGAAUCUACGAAGAAUUUGUUGAGACAGGUAAGUCUAGGCUUAUUUAGAUUCGAAAAAUCCAGAAUUUCAGCCUUAAAAAUACCCUAAACAUCAGUUUCAGUUUCAGACCAAGUUUCAGCUCAAAAAAUUGAUUUUCAGAUAAUUAUUUUCACUUUCAAAAAAUCAUGAAUAUGAUUCAUUUUAGUCUAAUUUUUAUCAUCAACAAAACAAAUAUGAAAAAAGGAAGAAAAAGGGGGAGAGAGAGAAAGAGUGUGUGAUUAGAGAGAGGGUAGAGAUGCAGAGAAAAAUGCGUCCCUGUGAUGUGGAGAGAAAAAUGAUGAGAAAAUUAAUAAUCGGGGGAUUUUUUUUUGUAGCUUGCGACGUUUAGGGAUUUUUUUUUGAGGAUUAUUGAUUUUCAGGCUUCCAGGCUUAUCUAGGCUUAAAAAUUCCCAAUUUUCAGACCGAAGAAAAGCGUCAAAUCCUCGACGAAAAAUGUGAAGAAUACGAAAAACUGUGUCGCUCGGAAAGAAAAUGGAAAAAUUCCAAACUCGAAUUUGAAUCCACCAACAACGUGUUCAAUUUUCAAAAUCAAGAAAUCGAUCAAAAAUUGGCGGGAAUUUUGCAAAAUUCUGAAUCGCUGUUUUUAAGCGAACAACAAAAAUUGAAUGAAGCCUUGAAAUUUAUCAAAAAAUAUGAGGAUUUGGUGGGGAAAAAUGAAAAAAUUGAGAGGAAUUUGGAGAAGGAGAUAGAUGUCAACGAGCAAAUGGAGAGUUCGUGUAAGUCUGAAUUUUCAGGGGAAAAUCUGGGCGGCUCUUAAGAAGAAUCCUAAUUUUCAGUCUGAAAAUACCAAAAAAAAAAAUCCAAAAACAAUUAGCAUCAAAUCCCUGGUGAAAACCUCAAAAUUAGCAAAAAUUAUUUUUCAUUUCCCAAAAAAAGUACAUUGGCUGCAAUUUUCCAGGUCUAAAAAAUCGCGAAAUGUUUUCGAAAAUAUCCAAGAAGAUCGAGGAGCAUGGAAAAGAGAUCAAAAAAUUGGAGAUGGGUUUGGAGGCUGAUGAAAAAACCAAAGUGGUGGGUGUUUUGGGGGAAACUAGAGUGUAGUUUGUGAAUUAUAAGAAGAAAGAGUGUAGUUUGAGCUUAUGAGGAGCUAGAAUGUAGUUUGAACUUGAAAGAAACCUAGAGUGUAGUUUGAACUUACAAAGAACCUAGAUUGUAGUUUGAACUUACAAGAAAAUAUAUUAUGAUUUGAACAUACAAUGAAACUAGAGUAUAGUUUAGAAAUUACAAGCAACUAGAGUGUAGUUCAUAUUUAUAGAUUUUCAUCCGAAAAAUAAGGAUUUUCAGAAAAAAAUCCAAGCUUACAUUUAAAAUUAUAACAAUAUAAUCAUAUCUGAUAUAUUUUUGGAGAUCACAUUUUUCAGAAAAUUUUCAAAAAAGUUUUCGUAAUGAAAAUCUAUUUUAAAAAAUUUUCAGAAAAUGAUGAUUUCAUGAUUGGGUUAGGCUAAAAUUUUUUUUGAAAAAAAAAAUUUGUUAGAAAUUUUCUUGGGAAAUUUUUUUUCAAAAAAAAAUGAAAUUUGAUAUCAAAAAAUUUCAAGUACACUACUUCUCAAAAAAAAGGCCCAGAAGGUCCAAAAAAUCAAUAAAAAAAUAUUUUCAGACGUUGGAAAAAUAUUUUUCCCGGCUGGUCGAAGAUGUUUUUCUAAUUCAAAGACGCCUGGAAGAUAUAAUGUUAGGAACCUCAAAAAAUCGCUCAAAUUUACGACAAGAUGAAAAAUUACUGCGAGCUCAAAAACAACGUCACCAACAUUUUGCCAAAAUUCUAGGUUUAUCGAAAAAUCUGAAAAUCUCUUCUGAAAAUCUUCAAGACUUGAAUUAUUUAAGAAAUCUUGAAGAAGAAUGGCUGGAAUUACAGAUGGAAGUGGAGAAAGUUGAGAAAAAAAUGAUGGAAAAAUUGGAGGUUUUAAAAAAUUCGAAACAAGUUAUGCAAACUUCAAAACUUGCAGAGAAGCUGGAAAUGAAGAGAUUUGAGAAGGAAAAAAUUGCGCAAAAUUAUUUUGAAAUGGAGAAAAAUACACCAAUGUAUGCAGCUUAUACGGCUAGAAGGUCGAAAAAUUUGAAUUUUGAACAAAAUUUGGAAUCUGAAAAUCAAUCUGAAACUGGGAAAUCUGAAGAUUCUGAAAAAUAUGGAGCGAAAUCAGUGCGUUUCAAAUACGAUUCUGGGAGGAUUCAGGAAUAUUACGAUUUGUUGGAUUAUCGCAAAAAGGUGAGAGGUUAGAGAGGCUAGAGAAGCUAGAGAGGCUAGAGAGGUUAGAGAACCUAGAGAACCUAGAGAGCCUAGAGAAAAAAAAACAAAAAAACAUGAGCAAAUUUUUUAAAGCUAAAUUCCCACCCAAAAAAAACUCACACAAAAAAAAACUUUUUUUCUCAGAUCCUCCGAACUUCCGAAAUCGAAGCCAUCCAAAAUCUAUCCAAAGAAUUAACGAUACUCCGCAAUUCCGUCAGCUCACAACGACAAGAAACACUAUUUUUGGACAAAGAAAUUGAAUGGCUACAUGAGAAUAUUUUGGUGGGUUUUUGCUUGCUUUUUUUAUGGUGGUCCCACACACAGAUUUAUGGUCCGAUAAAUUUUGUGUACUUUGUUUUUUUGGACUUUUUUAUGAGUGUGCUACAUGGAUUUAUUGACUAGGUGGUCUAGAAUUUACUAAUUUCUUCUUGGGUGGUCCUUCUAACUACACAAGAUAACAUGAUCAAUACAUAUUUGUUGAAUUGGUGGUAUUUUUGGCAAGCUUUUCUUCCUGGGUGGUCCUAGGAAAGCUUGAAGAUCUGAAAAUCUUCGUGAGUGGUCCCUCAAAAAUAAUAUUUUUUUCAGAAUCGUCAAAACGACAUUCAAACCUGGCUGAAAAAAACCGACGAUUUUCUAGAAAACGCUGAAAAAGAGCGGCUGAAAAUCGAAAAACGUGAAGAUUUCUCACACAUUUCUUCUCAAAUGGAUUCAGAACAUCUACCAGAUUUGAAUUCAGAAGAUCUAGAUGAAAAAUUCAGAUAUCUGGAAAGAGAGCGUAAUUUUUUGAAAGACACUCAUCGAAAUCUGAAAAUUUCCCUGAACAAAUUGGAGCAGCAGUGGAAUCUGGAGAAGAGCAUGAAUUUCAAUAUUGAAAAUGAUUUUCAAAAUUCUCCUGAUGUUUCUGAGUGGAUUGCAAAGAUUGAGCAAAUCGAGGAUCAGAUCAAGAAGAUUCAGAUGAUGGAGAAUCAUGCAUUUUCAGCGAAUGGAGUGCUGAAAUCGGAUUUGACGCUGUUAAAACCUUACCGUAAGAUUUUCCAAGGCUUUUUAGGCUUCCCAAGGCUUACCAAGGCUUACCAAGGCUUCCCAAGGCUUCUCAAGGCUUCUCAGACUUUAUUUUUUCAGAAGAAGAAUACCAAGAAUUCGAAAAACUGGUAGAUCAAAACAAUCAACUGAAUCUAAACCUGGCAAAACAUGUGAGUAGUUUUUCAAAAAAUUUAAAUUAUCAAUUUUUGUAGAACUUGCAAAUGGGAAGUCAGGAAUUGCAAGACAGUGGAGAUAUUAAAAUUUUUUAG